CUGGUCGCUGGAGCACCGAGCAGUCGCAGUGGGCUCUCGUCGCGAUGUACCGUUGUAUUUAGGUUUUGUGUUAAAGAAUAAUAAACGUGCGUCUGCUCAAAAUUGUAUGGCUAUUUGGUGUUGAAACAGCCGAAACAUUUGUGUUCUUAAUGGUUUCCGGUGAUGAUUUCAAUGGUGGCAGAUUACCGCGAAAAACAACUAGAUCUCCGAAUAGAAAAUCAAAGAAGGUUGAUGCAGAUGUAGUAAAAGGAUCAGCGUUGCGAAAUGAAUCGCAACCCUCUGUCCACAAAAGAAACCUCUACGUGGUUUCCUUUCCGAUUAUUAUUCUUUUCAACCUGUUACGAUCCAUUUUAUAUCAGUUAUUUAUAAUUUUCAAAUAUUUGUAUUCUGCAUCACAUCGGUUUAUCCAUAGGCCUCAUAAAAGUGGUGAGUGCAAUUUGGAAGUGGUUGUUAAAGACGGGAUUAUAUCGACAGAAAUUGUCCACGCUGAAGAAAUGCCGUAUACAAAUAAUGUUGGACCAGGAGAUCCAUUACUAGCCAAACAGAAGCAUCAUCAUCGCAAGGCUUUUGAAUACAUAUCGAAAGCAUUGAAGAUAGAUGAGGAAAAUGAAGGACAAAAAGAACUAGCCAUAGAAUUAUAUAAAAAAGGGAUCUAUGAAUUGGAGCGUGGUAUUGCUGUGGAUUGCUGGGGAGGUCGUGGAGAUGCAUGGCAAAGAGCUCAAAGACUACAUGAAAAAAUGAAAACUAAUCUGGGAAUGGCGAAAGACCGGUUACAUUUUCUUGCCAACCUUGUGGCCCUGAGUAAAUUGGGGGUUGAAACAGAGCCUGAGAGGAGUGAAAAAAAACCUAUGGAGUCCCCAUUUAAGGCGAGAAGGCCACUAGAGAAGUCGAAGACGACACUGCUAGCGCAUACAGAAAGUAACAGUGGUCAAACGAAGCCACCAACUGAAGUUGCCGGUCGUAAGCUAACAACAGCCAGCAGAAGGACACAGAGUGGAAUGGGCGGGCCCCUGAUGAAGUCCCAAACUCUACCUCGAUCGAUGGGCAGGUCAUCAUCGCAGCCGAAUAGCUCGAACGGUGGCUACAGUAGAUAUCCAAUGAAGCCGGCAUCCACACCGCCAGCUGUCAAACGACAAUUAUCUGGCGCGUAUCAGGUACCGGCAAACGGUUCACCAGUAAGAAGAGCAGUAAGUGGCGGCUCGCAGCGAGGCACGCCUACUAGAAGUAGAACCCCGCAGUCGACGCUUUCAGUACGAGGUGUCGAUCCCAAGCUGGUUCAACUUAUACUGGACGAAAUUGUUGAAGGUGGACCUAAGAUACACUGGGAGGAUAUCGCUGGGCAGGAUGCAGCAAAGCAAGCGUUACAAGAAAUGGUGGUGCUACCCUCAUUAAGACCAGAAUUGUUUACGGGUUUGCGGUCUCCUGCUAAAGGGCUGUUACUAUUCGGACCGCCAGGAAAUGGUAAGACCUUAUUAGCAAGGUGCGUAGCGGCGGAGUGUUCAGCGACGUUCUUCUCAAUAUCUGCCGCCACUCUUACAAGCAAGUACGUUGGUGACGGUGAGAAGAUGGUGCGAGCGCUCUUUCAAGUCGCAAGGGAGCUGCAGCCGUCAAUAAUAUUCGUGGAUGAAGUGGACUCCUUGUUAUGCGAGCGGUCAACGGGCGAGCAUGAGGCGUCACGAAGACUUAAAACCGAGUUCUUGGUGGAGUUUGAUGGGUUACCCGCUGCGGGGGCAGACAGACUUAUUGUUAUGGCCGCCACUAAUCGCCCUCAAGAGUUGGAUGAAGCUGCUUUGAGACGAUUCCCCAAACGCGUGUACGUUACGUUGCCGGAUUCACGUACGCGUGGUGCUCUGUUGCGUCGCGUGCUUUCCCGUGGGUCAGCGGCCGCUUCUAUCAGUGAGGAUGAACUGGCGAGACUCUCUGCACUAACAGAUGGAUAUUCAGGCAGCGAUCUUACUGCCCUAUGUAGGGAUGCUGCGCUGGGACCGAUUAGAGAACUAGAUCCAGAAGAAGUUAAAUGCCUGGAUCUCUCGCUCGUUCGUAAUAUAAUGUACCAGGACUUUAUGGAUGCGUUGAAGCGAAUUCGGCCGUCGGUUUCGCCGCACAGUCUUGUCGCGUACGAGAAAUGGUCCGUGCAAUACGGCGAGCUUGGCGUAUGAAUACAGUGAUUGUUAUACAGGUACUAUUUUAUACAAGGAUCGUAAGGCGAUUUCAGAAGCGUCGGAUCAAUAAGGUUGCGUAAGAUGAAUGAAUUUUGUUGUAAAUUUUAUUAAUGUCGCUCAAAUGCCCAUCAAUUCCAUUAAUUGCAAUAAUUGUUUUGACAUUUGAUUAUUAUUGUAGUAUAAAGUUUAAUUUAAACUGGUCUAGUCAGGGGUUUCGUAGUUCAAGCAGCCACAUGUAUGGCCAUACCAAUUCAAUGUAGUUAAUAGAAUAGCUCCUAAGAUGUAAUACGGCUGAAUGAAGAAGUCGCUUUUAAUGUUGUAGAUGCUUUCGUUGUACACCUUUUCUAUUCAGUCGGGUUAUAUUGUGAUCCCGUCCAAAAGGAUGCCAUUAAAUUCCUUAAUAGGUCUUAGAAAUUUUCUCUGAAUUCUUCAUCCUUUUGGCUAUAUCCGAAAUAUUUAUAUCGUGGUCGAUGUUAGAAACAUGCAUCUCGCUUUAACAAUAUAUAUCGCGUAAAUUAAAGGGACACGACAAUAUUUUUAUUCAGUAUGAUUAUAAUGAAUUACGCACAAUUAAUGAAACUUAUAUGAGAAUUAAAUGAAUUUGUAGAUAAUUUGAAUGAUUAUUGGGAAUUAAUUUGCUUUAAAUAAAUUGUUUAAUGAUUCCUGAAGAAAAUUAAGACGAAUCUACGUAUUAUGUUUUUAUGAAUGUAUUUAAGUUAUCAAAUAUGUGUUUAAAAAAAAAUAACAACAUUUUUAAGGCCUGUAUUUUAAUAGGUAUCUCCAGUUACGUUUGUCAAUAUGUCAAUAUCGGUUUUCAUCGAGUAUUCAAGUUAGAGGAAUACAAUUUCAUUAUUAUUAUGAUAUUAAAUUGUAUAAUACUUAAUAAUUAAUAUUUUUACCAUUCGAAUAAUGUUUAAAAAGGAGUUUUUAUCUCAAUUUAAGAAAUAUUGUUUCUGAAGUUUUAAUGUAAAUUUUCAGUCGAACAAAUUCACCUGCGUAUUACUAAAAGGGGACUUAUACAUAAAAUAUGCUCUAUACUCUUUGCUCACACAAGUGUUGCAAGUUUAGCGUUAUUAUUAUUUUGUUAUUGCUGUAAUAUUCUUUUUAAUUUAUAUUUGCUUUUUAAUUGUUAUCUGCACAAUUUUUAGUUUUUUUUGUGUUUGUGAAUUUCCGAAUAGUUUUUAUGGCAUUUUAUUUUUCUAAUAUACUAUGCUGCAUCUCUUAUGAAUACAAAAGACAGAACGGGUAAACCGCUUCCCAUAGUUGUCAGUUGCUCAAAUGAAGCAUUUAGUUCUGUGUAACGAAGAUAUAUUUUCAUAUUAAUAAUUUGUAAUAUAACUGCUGUGUGCCAUUGGGGCGGUGUAAUUUUGUUUAGUUUAGAAAAGACCAUUACAAUCAUUCCAUUCCUUAUUUGAAUUCUAUCGAACUGUUUAAAAAAAGAACGUGUCAAAAAUUCUAUACAUUUUUUUUCAGCCAGGAAAUUUUAUACCAAACAAAACCUAUAAACCUCAUUAAUCAAUUUUUAAGGUAUUGUUUAUGCUUUGACAUUAAUUUAAAAAAAUAGUUACCAACCCGUAUAAUUUUCCAUAUGUAUGAUAUAAACUCGAGUGUAGAAUGUUGAUGAAAUAUGUAUAAUUUUAAUCGCUAGCCAAUAUUUAAGCCAAAAUACUUGUAGCUUUAUAUGAAGUCACGUGCGCUUUAACUUAUGUUGAGGUCUUACAACAAAACAAAAUGAACCUUAUGCAAAAUAGAAUAGGUCUAUAUUGCGUUGCUAUUAAAAUGAUGUUCCUCAAAACUGUAAUUUGACCAGACUAGAAGAAAAAUUACUGGGUAAACUACUUUAACCUCCAAUAGGGAAUGGUAAGUUGUCCAGUAUUAAAAGAUGCGCUAUUUGCUAAAUUUUUUUUACGUACACGCGUGAAAACUCAAAAUUUCGUGUCAAAUGUUAUUCUCAUAAGUGAGGCGCACAGUAAUUUCAUAUGAUUUAACUCAUAGUCUUAAUCCAGUUCAAUAUCGUAGGUAUUUUUAUAUUAGGUAACGUUCAUACGCGUAGAACAUGUAGUAGGGAAUGUGUUGCUGGUUUUAUUAUAAAGAUAGAACGUUAUGAUGUAAUUGAACAUACUUUUUAGUUUUUCAUAUCUGUAAAAUAAUGUUUGCAAUCUGUGGAAUCGGCUCCGGUAGAGGUCCAGUAUAAGAGGAGAGCUUACUCCUUCCUCAAAGACUGGCACAGAUCAAAAGAUGUCCAUAGGCUGACGUGACUGCUUUCGUUUGCCCCUAUCAUAUGAAAAAACUGCUAGUAAAUAUUAAUAUUUCCCUUUAUGUAUUGGUUUUAGGGUCGAUUUCAAAAAUAUAUAGGAUUUUGUUCGCGCUAUGUAUAAUUAUUAUUUUAGAACACAAUCUAUUAGUUCUAUCACCAAAGUGACCAGUGACAAUUGGAAAUAACAAAUGUAAAGGAAUAUACUUACGGAAUUUACACUUUAAUGUUAUGUAUUUGUAUGAAUAUUUGUAAUAUUGCCUUUUUAGAGCUAAUUCCAGCAUGAAUAUUGUAUGUGGAGAAUGAACUGGGUGGUUCUUGUAAUGGAUUACAUCGUGUUGUCCCUUUCUAACGUUAAUUAAAAGAAAGAGAUGUAUAUAACAUUUUUCUUGCGUAUAGCCAAGUACAUUCUCUAUGUCUUCGUAUUCUAGGCGAGUUGAAAUUGUUUAAUAUUGGUUGUGGUUAUUCGAAUUUUUUAUUCCGAAUUGUUGUGAAUUUUGUAUGUUAUCUAUUUUAUUGCCAUUUUAAUUGUAUUAAUUUAUGUUAAGUAAACUUAUGUUGCAUUUUUUAUAUCGCGUUUGGUGUAUGUAAGAGACAUUGUUAACAAAUUAGACUUCAAGGGCUGUGUCGCUGAAGUUUUUAAAUGAAUUUUCUAUUGAUAAAAUUCACCAACUAGUUUCACAAGUUCAUAAUACCGUACAAUCAGAAAAAUACGAUUUGUAAUCUGUUGAUGGUGUUUCUUUUUGUCUAGUGAAAUUAAAUAAAACACAUUUAACAUUUUGCGUAUAAUUGUAUUUGUCACUGUCUAAGUGCUGCAAUUGACGUGUAAUGUCAUUGUCAAAACUAAAAAUAUUACAACCAAAAAGUUGCUUCAACGAACUUACUAAUUGCUGUUUGAAAAUCGAACGUAGGCGCAAAACUAUUUGGAUGUCUGUAAUUUUAUUUUGGUUUUUAUACAUUUAUUAUAUUUGCCUUUGUCUAUAUCGUAAUUGCUGUGAUUUAGAUAAUAAGUCAUUGCCUUAAAGUUGAAAUUAUGCUAUGAACUGUAUACCAAGAUCAAGCAAUAUUGGUUGUUUUAUUCACUUCCAUAUAAUUACAAAUUUAUUUAUAUAAUUGAUGGUAAAGGCUGUCAAGCACGGUUUAGUGGCGGCGUCUCCUACGCUUUGUGUUGCCAUUUUUCAUUAGUUUUUGCAAACCCUUGAUAAUAAUACUAUUAAUAUUGUAUGUAAGUUUUAAAAGAGUGUUUGUUGUACUGAACACUGAUCGCUUUCAAGACUACUACACUACAGGCCAACCACUACUUGGCAGGCGGUAAUUACAUAAAUUCUUAUUAAGCCGUCUUAUCUACGAACUAGUACAGAUACCGGCAAACAUCUUGGACAUUAAACAAGGGAGUGGGGGAAAGUUUGCGCAGCGCGGGUCACAAACGUCAACUGAUUUACCAAUCACGUCACUCUCCCGCCGCCGCGCACCACCCCCCGCCCAGUGAUACCUAAAAAUCGCUUCUGCGCAUGGACAAGGACAUUUGUUCAAGAUGCUUGCCGGUAUAUAUGAAAUAAAUCAGCUAUUAUUCCAAUUCAACGUACUAAUAUUGUAACCGCCUCACGUUGACAUAUUCAAAAAAACUGUUCGCUUGUCGGAGUAAUAUGGAGACUGAUAAGUACGACUCCCGAAUGUCAAAAACGUAACGGAUUUUGACGUAUUGGAGUCAAUUGUCUCGACUCUAACACGAAACAAGAGACGGCUUUUAUACUUAUGUCAGUAUUGUGAGCUUUAUAUCAAAUAUUCGACUGAUAGUUGCUUUAAAUUAAUGCUCAUUACAUGUGAAAAGGGGUCUUUUAAUCAUAUUUCAAUAUAACCUUUAAAUUGUCUAAACAUCCAGCAACGAUAUCAAAGGGUUGACUAAUUGCAAUCUAACGAUCUUUAUCAAUAAUAUUUAAUGUUUCGAAAUUGUUUGAAUCUUGUGAAGGUUGUAAUUAAAAAAUAUCGAUGCUCUUGCGCUAACAAUAUUUUAAUUUAACGCACGAAUUUAUAUCUUGACUUAAUCUCUAAUCUUAAGCAGUUGCGUAAUGUUGAGAGAAAUGUGUAUUUUUUCAUAAUUUUUCGUAAACUUAACUUUAAGCACUCGCCUAACGUCUUACACACUACGCGUAUGUGAUACACCGUUUAUUGAUAAUAAACGAUUAAUUUGUG